AUGGAAACUCAUACACUCUCAGUAGCUGUUCAAGCUACACAAGAAGCAUGGGGUAUGAAGAGAUAAGUUGUGGCUGGUGAACAACUAAAUCGACAUUUUCCGUCCCCACAGCACCUUUCGAACACUGAAUUCAAUUAAUUAUACACUGUUCCAGUAUCCACUUCCACUUCCACUCCCACAAAACAUACAAUACUACGAUAAUACGAUUUUACGAUAACGUCCAGCCUUGAGGACAACAAGUCAGAUGAAAAUCACGAGAUGGCAUUGUUUUUGAUGUUAGUAAAUGCUAUACCGACGGUAAUCGGCACUGCUGAAGCAUUAGAUGUUCAGAAGAAGGAAGAUUUGGCCCAGAAGCACAAGGCAAAGUUUUUCAUGACGGCGAAUUUUGCUUUGGAUGGAAAGGUUGCUCAUGAAAAAGAAUCACAGGUCGUCCUACGCGAUAACAGGAUGUACUUAAACCACCCAGAUGCGCCGAAAGAAGGACAUCGAUUUUGUGGUUACUAUUUCAUGUAUCCAGGCACCGAAGAGCAUGGCUUGGUUUCGACGAUUCAAGACAAUCCUCCGAUGCUAAAUUGGAUAUUCGUCGACUCAAAAACUUUAGAGGUACGCUAUGGUGGGCGAGCAGAUACGGUGGACAACUUAGCACACCCAUGGGAAUGGUCAGAAGAUGAAGUGAAUUUGACGCUGGAAGAAGAUGAAGGAUUUGUUGCAGUGGAAGUUGAGCCUGGAUUAUGGCAAAUAUAUUUUGAUAGAAAUGGGGACUUCUCUGGUCUACCCACAGGAAAAAGAAUCCAAGAAGUUUGUUUGCUCCGGCGGAUGAUGUGUGGAUGGAAUAGUCAGCUAGUACCAGCCGACAGGAAAAAGGAGGGUGGUUAAUAAUUUCACCAUUAGGAAAUAACAUAACAGAAAAUGAAAAUUUCAUGAUAUCCAUCCGAACUCUUCCCAUUCACACUGUACAGCCUAGAACAAAAUACUCA